AUGGCGGGCUACGAAGCAGGCGGCCAUUAUGAUGAUGGUUACGCCCAGGCAGGUCAUGGUGACGCCUAUUAUCAGGAUGAGCAUGGGCAUGAGCAGGCCCAGGGCUACUACGACAACCAGACAUAUGGUGAUGGAUACUACGAUAGAGCCGCAGCAGGAGGUGAAUACUACGACGGUGAGCACCCAGCAGGAUAUGCCGACGGUGGUCAUGAGGCCGCAGGUGCUGCCCAUGGGUCUUAUUACGAAGGCGGCCAGCACGAUGAAUACUACGGCGACCAACAAUAUUAUGACCAGGGCCAAGCUCGCGGCCGUCGCGGUGACUCCGAGGAGGAUUCCGAGACAUUCAGCGACUUCACCAUGAGGUCGGAGACUGCCCGUGCAGCGGACAUGGACUACUAUGGUCGUGGUGACGAGCGUUACAACAGCUACGGGGGAAGUCAAUACGGUGGUCAGAGUGGAUAUGGUGGCUACCGGCCCCCGUCUUCGCAGGUUUCCUAUGGCGGAAACCGAUCGUCCGGUGCAUCCACACCUGUCUAUGGCAUGGAAUACGGAAACGCGUUGCCGGCUGGCCAGCGUUCGCGGGAGCCAUAUCCGGCUUGGACUUCCGAUGCUCAAAUUCCUCUGUCCAAGGAGGAAUUGGAGGACAUUUUCUUGGAUUUGGUGAACAAAUUUGGUUUCCAGAGAGACAGCAUGCGUAACAUGUACGACCACAUGAUGACUCUCCUCGACUCGCGUGCCUCUCGUAUGACCCCGAACCAGGCCUUGCUGUCAUUGCAUGCCGACUACAUCGGUGGACACAACGCCAACUACCGCCGUUGGUACUUUGCGGCUCACUUGGACCUCGAUGAUUCUGUUGGUUUUGCCAACAUGAAGCUCGGCAAGGCGGAUCGGAAGACCCGCAAGGCUCGCAAGGCCGCCCAAAAGGCCGCGAAACAAAACCCGGAGAACGAAGAGGAGACUCUGGAAGCGCUUGAAGGCGACAACAGUCUGGAAGCAGCCGAAUACCGCUGGAAGUCUCGCAUGAACCGGAUGUCUCAGCAUGACCGUGCCCGUCAAAUUGCUUUGUACCUUCUCAUCUGGGGUGAAGCCAACCAGGUUCGAUUCUUGCCUGAGUGCAUUUGUUUCAUCUUCAAGUGUGCCGAUGACUACUACACAUCCCCCGAGUGCCAAAACCGUGUUGAGCCCGUCGAGGAGUUCACCUACCUGAACGAGAUCAUCACACCCCUCUACCAGUACUGCCGUGACCAGGGAUACGAAAUUCUGGAUGGCAAGUACGUGCGUCGUGAGCGUGACCACAAUGAGAUCAUUGGUUACGACGACAUGAACCAACUGUUCUGGUACCCCGAGGGUAUUGAGCGCAUUGCUUUUGAGGACAAGACCCGUUUGGUCGACUGCCCUCCUGCUGAGCGAUGGCCCAAGCUAAAGGACGUUGUGUGGACCAAGGCUUUCUUCAAGACUUACAAGGAAACCCGAUCCUGGUUCCACAUGGUUACCAACUUCAACCGUAUCUGGGUUAUUCACUUGUGUGCUUUCUGGUUCUUCACUGCCUACAACGCUCCUACUCUCUAUACCGAUCACUACACCCAGCAAGCGAACAACAAACCUACUGCAGCCAAGUACCUUGGUGCGGUCGGCUUCGGUGGUGCACUUGCAGCCUUCAUUCAGAUCUUUGCUACCAUUUGCGAGUGGGUCUAUGUUCCACGUCGAUGGGCGGGAGCUCAGCAUCUGAGCAAGCGUUUCUGGUUGCUCCUUUGCGUGUUCAUUGCCAAUCUAGUGCCUGGUGUCAUCAUCUUUGGUUUCCUCGAUAAGUUCGGCAGUGCCGCACACGCCGUCGGUCUUGCUCUUGGAAUUGUUCACUUCGUCAUGGCGCUUUGCACUGCUUCCUUCUUCGCCAUCCAGCCCCUGGGUGGUCUGUUCGGAAGUUAUAUGAACAAGAACGGUCGCAAGUAUGUGGCCAGUCAGACAUUCACCGCCAGUUUCCCUCGUCUGUAUGGAAACGAUAUGUGGAUGUCCUACGGUCUCUGGGUUUGUGUCUUCGGUGCCAAACUGGCUGAGUCUUACUUCUUCUUGACCCUUUCGCUGAAGGACCCGAUUCGCAUCUUGUCUCCCAUGUCAAUUUGGGAGUGCACAGGUGUCUACUGGAUCGGCAACGCUCUGUGUCACAAGCAGCCCCAGAUCUUGCUGGGUCUCAUGUUCUUCAUGGAUUUGACACUUUUCUUCCUGGACAGUUACUUGUGGUACAUUAUUUGUAACACUAUCUUCUCAGUGGCCCGAUCGUUCUACCUUGGUGUGUCUAUCUGGUCGCCUUGGCGAAACAUCUUCUCCCGUCUGCCCAAGCGUAUCUACUCCAAGGUGCUUGCCACCACAGAUAUGGAGAUCAAGUACAAGCCCAAGGUUCUGAUCUCGCAAGUGUGGAACGCUAUUAUUAUUUCCAUGUACCGUGAACAUCUCUUGGCCAUUGACCACGUCCAGAAGCUGCUUUACCACCAGGUUCCCUCAGAGCAGGAAGGCAAGCGGACUCUUCGCGCCCCUACCUUCUUCGUGUCCCAGGAAGAUCAAUCCUUCAAGACAGAGUUCUUCCCGGCUGGCAGUGAGGCUGAACGCCGUAUCUCCUUCUUCGCCCAAUCCUUGUCUACUCCGAUGCCCGAGCCAUUGCCCGUCGACAACAUGCCCACCUUCAGUGUCCUCAUCCCCCACUACAGUGAGAAGAUUCUUCUGUCCCUCAGAGAAAUUAUUCGUGAGGAUGAGCCUUACUCCCGUGUCACUCUCCUGGAAUACCUCAAGCAACUGCACCCUCAUGAGUGGGACUGCUUUGUCAAAGACACUAAGAUCCUGGCCGACGAGACCUCUCAGUUCAAUGGCGAUGUCAACGAGAAGGGUGAGAAGGAUGCUCAGAAGAGCAAGAUCGAUGAUCUGCCUUUCUACUGCAUUGGUUUCAAGUCUGCGGCACCCGAGUACACUCUCCGAACUCGUAUCUGGGCUUCUCUCCGUUCCCAGACUCUCUACAGAACUAUCUCUGGUUUCAUGAACUACAGUCGUGCUAUCAAGCUGCUCUACCGUGUCGAGAACCCCGAAGUCGUUCAGAUGUUCGGUGGUAACUCGGAGAAGCUGGAGCGUGAGUUGGAGCGUAUGGCUCGUCGCAAGUUCCGUAUCUGUGUUUCUAUGCAACGUUACGCGAAGAUGACCAAGGAUGAGCGUGAGAACACCGAGUUCCUUCUGCGUGCCUACCCCGACCUCCAGAUUGCCUACCUUGAUGAGGAGCCCCCAGCCACCGAGGAUGAGGAGCCCCGCCUGUACUCCGCCUUGAUUGAUGGCCACUGUGAAAUCCUCGAGAACGGCAUGCGCAAGCCCAAGUUCAGAAUUCAGCUCUCUGGUAACCCGAUUCUUGGUGACGGAAAGUCUGACAACCAAAACCACGCCAUCAUCUUCUACCGCGGUGAAUACAUUCAAUUGAUUGACGCUAACCAGGAUAACUACCUGGAAGAGUGCUUGAAGAUUCGCAGCGUUUUGGCCGAGUUCGAGGAGCUGACCACGGACAACGUCUCGCCCUACACCCCUGGUAUCCCCUCACCUGAAACAACCCCUGUUGCCAUUCUUGGAGCUCGUGAAUACAUUUUCUCCGAGAACAUUGGUAUUCUGGGUGAUAUUGCUGCCUCCAAGGAACAAACGUUCGGUACCCUGUUUGCUCGUACUCUGGCUCAGAUUGGUGGUAAACUCCAUUACGGUCACCCCGAUUUCCUCAACGCUACUUUCAUGACAACUCGCGGUGGUGUCUCGAAGGCUCAGAAGGGUCUGCACUUGAACGAGGAUAUUUACGCCGGUAUGACCGCUCUCUUGCGUGGUGGUCGUAUUAAGCACUGCGAGUACUACCAGUGUGGUAAGGGUCGUGAUUUGGGUUUCGGUUCCGUUUUGAAUUUCACUACGAAAAUUGGUACUGGUAUGGGUGAACAGAUGUUGUCCCGAGAGUACUACUACCUUGGAACCCAACUGCCUCUCGAUCGCUUCCUUUCAUUCUACUAUGCUCACCCUGGUUUCCACAUCAACAACAUGUUCAUCAUGCUGUCUGUGCAAAUGUUCAUGAUCGUUUUGAUCAACCUGGGUGCCUUGAAGCACGAGACCAUCAUUUGCCGUUACAACUCCGAUCUGCCAGUCACUGACCCUCUGUUGCCUACCUACUGUGCUGAUCUUCACCCGAUCGUCAACUGGGUCAACCGUUGUGUUAUCUCCAUUUUCAUCGUGUUCUUCAUCUCCUUGGUUCCCCUCGCCGUGCAAGAAUUGACUGAGCGUGGUGUUUGGCGCAUGGCCACUCGUCUGGCGAAGCACUUUGGAUCCUUCUCAUUCAUGUUCGAGGUGUUCGUGUGUCAGAUUUACGCCCAGGCUGUGCACCAGAACUUGUCGUUCGGUGGUGCCCGGUACAUUGGUACAGGUCGUGGUUUCGCUACGGCUCGUAUUCCUUUCGGUGUGCUGUACUCGCGAUUCGCUGGUCCUUCCAUUUAUGCCGGAGCUCGUCUACUCAUGAUGUUGCUUUUCUCCACAUCAACUGUCUGGACACCGGCUCUGCUUUGGUUCUGGGUUUCCCUGCUGGCUUUGAUCAUCUCGCCCUUCCUCUUCAACCCUCACCAAUUUGCAUGGAACGACUUCUUCAUCGAUUACCGCGAUUACCUUCGUUGGCUCUCGCGAGGUAACUCCCGAUCGCACGCCUCGUCUUGGAUUGGUUUCUGCCGUCUGUCUCGCACCAGGCUUACCGGUUACAAGCGCAAGGUUCUCGGUGUUCCCUCUGAGAAGAACUCCGGCGACAUUCCCCGGGCUCGUUUCACGAACAUUUUCUUCAGUGAGAUUAUCGCCCCACUGGUCGUCGUCGCUGUUACCCUUGUCCCCUACCUGUUCAUCAACUCCCGGACCAUGUACAGCAACAGCGAUCUUUAUGCUCCCAACGCCGUCCUCCGUAUUGUCCUGUGUGCCUUGGCGCCUGUUGGCAUCAACGCUGGUGUUGCUGGCAUGUUCUUCGGCAUGGCUUGUUGUAUGGGUCCCCUGUUCAGCAUGUGCUGCAAGAAGUUUGGUUCUGUUUUGGCGGCUAUUGCCCAUGCCAUUGCCGUCAUCGUGCUCAUUAUCUUCUUCGAGGUCUUGUUCGUUUUGGAAUCCUUCAACUGGGCCAGAACCGCGUCCGGUCUCGUUGCCAUGAUGGCUAUCCAGCGCUUCAUCUACAAGCUGAUCAUUUCACUUUGUCUCACUCGUGAGUUCAAGCACGAUCAGUCCAACAUCGCUUGGUGGACUGGUAAAUGGUACAACAUGGGAUGGCACUCCAUGUCUCAACCCGGACGUGAGUUCCUGUGUAAGAUUACUGAGCUCGGCUACUUCGCCGCCGAUUUUGUUCUUGGCCACAUCAUCCUGUUCUUCAUGCUGCCUAUCCUUGCCGUCCCAUACGCGGACAAGUUCCACUCCGUCACCCUAUUCUGGCUUCGUCCCAGUCGUCAAAUCCGCCCUCCUAUCUAUUCCUUGAAGCAGUCCAAGCUGCGUAAGAGACGUGUGGUUCGUUUCGCCAUUCUCUACUUCGCCAUGCUUGUUCUUUUCAUUGUCCUCCUCGUGGCGCCAAUUAUCCUUCACAACAUGUCUAGCAUCUCCAAGCCUAUGCUCACUUCGCUCUGGAGCGCAAUCGGUGUCAACGGUAAGAACAGCCAGAUGUUAUACCUUCUGCAGCCCAUGGACAAGGGAUUGAACGAUACCGUCUCCUACUAUACCGGUAGCAACUUGCCGGAUGGCUACAAGCCUGUUUCCACCGACGCUCAACCCGCUACUACUGGUGAUUCUGCUACCUACGUUCGGAGGAUGAUUUGA